AUGUCCGGUCAAACAUCACGUUGGUUGCCGCUUGAAUCCAACCCAGAGUUUGCUUAUGCUUUAGGGGUCCCCAAAGCAUGGCAGUUUGUCGAUGUUUUCGGAUUAGACGAUGAAUUACUAGCUUUCUUACCUCAACCUGUCGUAGCCUUAUUAGUUCUAUUUCCUAUAACAUCGAAGUACGAAAAUUACAUAACUGAUGAAGUCAAUCGACUUGGUACUCAAGGCCAGUUUGUUGGCGACGAUGUCUAUUUUAUGAAGCAAACGAUUGGCAACGCUUGUGGUACAAUCGCACUUAUACAUGCAUUCGGCAACAACAGUGCAAAUGUUCAGCUCGAUAAUGGCUACCUAAAGGAAUUUUUACAAGCUACAGCUAACAUGAAUGCGGUAGAAAGAGCAGCCUAUCUUGAAAAUGAUAAUGAAAUUACUUCUGCUCACGAAGCAUGCGCUCAUGAAGGGCAAACUCAGGCUCCAAGCGUUAACGAGGAGGUUAACUUGCAUUACGUUGCUCUCGUCCAAAAUGGUGGCCAUUUAUAUGAGUUAGAUGGACGCAAACCGUUCCCUAUCAAUCAUGGCUCCUCAAGCCCCGAAUCAUUUCUAAAGGAUGCCGCUAAAGUGUGUCAAUCUCUUAUGCAGCGUGAUCCAACAGAAGUAAAUUUUAGUAUUAUCGCGUUGGCACAAGCAUAA